CAUAAAACCCUGGCCACGGGGAAACUCAAGACUUGACACCACUGGGCAUCCAGCCGUGGCAGAGAUGUGCCAGCCCCAGCCACUGCCAGCCUUGCUGCUCCUGCUCUGCUGCCCCUGGGCCAGUGCCAGUUCUCUGCGGGGUCAGAUUGUGGGGGGCCACGAGGCGCGGCCCCACUCGCACCCCUACAUGGCGUACCUCAAGUUGGCAGACAUGGGGGGCUGUGGGGGCUUCCUGGUGGCCCCUAACUGGGUGAUGUCAGCUGCACACUGCAUGGGGAAUAUCACAGUCAUCCUGGGGGCUCACAACAUCCACGAACCAGAAAAAACCCAGCAGGUCCGGGGAGUCCUCAAGUACCACGAGCACCCUGAGUACAACCCCAGCACGAUGGAAAACGACAUCAUGCUGCUCCAGCUGACAUCAAAGGUCGCUGUCAAUGACUACAUCCAGCCCAUCCCCCUGCCCAGGGCGGGCAGUGACCUCCCCACGGGCACCAAGUGCAUGAUUGCUGGCUGGGGCCUGAUCGACGAGGACAGGACCACCAACAAGCUCUUUGAGACCAAAGUCUCCAUCUACAGCCGCAGGAAAUGCACCCUUUUUUACCCACACCUCGAUUCUGGCAUGGUCUGUGCAGGCAGCUUCCACGAGCUGAAGGAUUCCAGCCAGGGAGAUUCUGGUGGGCCCCUGGUGUGCAAUAAAGUGGCACAAGGCAUUGUUUCCUUUGGCUAUGACUCCCCACCCGGGGUGUACACCCGCAUCUCCAACUACCUGCCCUGGAUCAAAAAAGUCAUGAAGAAGUAGUGGCAGUGGCAGCAUUUUUCUCCAGCUCUGGUGUGGCUCUGGACCCUGCAAGAGUUUCCUUCCUGCCCCUGCUGAAGGCUCAGCUCCCUCCUCUCUCCUUGGGAGCCCAAAUGAUGGAUCAGUGCACUUGGGAGCGCCCUUCACUCUGUUCUGAGUCCUCCUGUCCCAUUCCUGUCUCAGGGCUGUGCUAAACCCCCUGGCAGAGGCAGGGGUAGCUCCAGCUGGCACAAAGAGAGGCUGUGCCACAGCAAACCCCACUUCCUUCAGAGAUAACCCUGUUCCUGCUUGAGCCCUGCUGCACUUGAAGUAAACUCAAAGCUGCA